AUGGAAUCCAAAUACAAAUUAAACUCUAUCCUAAAAGAUCUCUAUAUUAGGACGGUUGAAGAGUUUUUGGCGUACGCUUCUAAGAAGAGCUUCCCACAAGGAAAGAAGAAUUGCUACAUAUUGAAGCCAAUUCAAGGCAAGAACAAUAACUAUCUCCUCAGAGCUGUCUUCUUGUAUGGAAAUCAUGAUGGAUUGAAUGUAAAUCCCAAAUUUGACCUGUAUUUGGGUGGUAAUUUCUGGGUGACUGUUCGGAUUGAAAAUAAUCAUGUUUUCUAUGAAAUUUUACAUGUAGCACCAAGGGAUGUGAUACAUGUGUGUCUUGUAGACACUGGGUUAGGAACACCUUUCAUAUCUGCUUUGGAAUUACGUCUUCUGGACAACUCCAUAUACAGGAUUAAAUCUGCAGGAGCACUGGCCUUGCGAGGCCGAUUCGAUAUGGGCACCAAAGGAAAUACUACUGUCAUAAUGUUUAUUGUGCAUAAUCUAAUAAAUUGUUGGCAUUGUCUCAUCACUAGGCGCAAUGAUGACCCUUAUGAUCGCCUCUGGAGGCUUGGCGACAUUUCUCGUUUCGACAUUCCAAUUAAUACCACAUCAAAUAUUACAGCAUUCAACAGCAACACUGUUUAUAAAUUACCGGCACAAGUGUUGAGAACAGCUGUCAUGCCCCAAAUGAACAAUACGUUUUUGGCUUAUUAUUGGAACCUCGAUAAUGAUAAGGAAUAUUACGUCUUCUUUCACUUCAUGGAAUUUGAGUUGGUCUCUCAAGCUCAGCCAAUACGAAUGACUAUCACAUUUGACAGCAUCAACUAUGUUUCGUACCCCAUCACUCUAGACUACUUAAAGCCGCAGUCCCUGUGUCCCCAAAAUGCGCCUCUUAAAGGAAAUGCGAACUUCACAAUUUCUAAGACAACGGACUCCAAUCUGCCACCCAUCCUCAAUGCCCACGAGGUUUACUAUGCAAUUCCGCUCCAGCAGUCACCAACAAAUCAAGAUGACCUUGAUGCCAUCGUAGCCAUCAAACAAACAUACAAGAUAACCAGAGAUGACUGGCAAGGAGAUCCAUGUCUCCCGCGCAAUUUCUCAUGGAAUGUUUUGAAUUGUAGCGAGGAUGUUAGUCCAAGAAUUACCUCAUUGAACUUGAGCUCAAGCAAACUAAAUGGGAACAUAACGUCUUCAUUUGCCAACCUGACAGCAUUGCAUUCCCUGGAUUUGUCCUACAAUAAUUUUAUUGGGCCAAUACAAGAAGUUUUAGCGUUGUUGCCAAAUUUGCAAAUCCUUAAUUUGGCUGGCAACAACCUGAAAGGGCCAAUUCCUAGAGGUCUUGUGGAAAAAUCUAAGCAUGGGGCAUUGCAGUUGAGUCUACCAGAAAGUCUAGUACCAGGCCAGACAGAUUCAGAUAAAGGAAAGAGUAACUUUAUUAUUCCAGUUGUCACGUCUAUAGUUGCACUUGUGCUCUUGAUUUCUGUUGUCAUAUUUUGGAGGAUUAAAAGGAAACGAGGACAAGGGACAGUUACCAGAUCAAAGCAAGAAGAUGCAUUAAAACCAAAGAAUCGGCAGUUUACUUACUCUGACGUUGUUCGUAUUACUGCGAACUUUAGCACAGUCAUUGGUGAAGGAGGUUAUGGAAAAGUCUAUCUUGGCACCAUGAGAGAUGGCAGUCAAGUUGCUGUUAAGGUGUUAUCUUCAUCAUCAAACCAAGGGUAUAAAGAAUUUCAAGCAGAGGUGCAACACUUGAUGCUUGUUUAUCACAGAAACUUAGUUUCUCUUGUUGGGUAUAGUGAUGACCGGAGAAACAGGGCAUUGAUUUAUGAAUACUUGUCCAAUGGAAACUUGCAACAGCAUUUGUCAGUAUCUAAUAUAGAUGUUCUGAGUUGGAAUAUGAGGCUUCAAAUUGCUAUUGAUGCUGCAAAUGGGUUGGAAUAUCUUCAUAACGGUUGCAAACCACCUAUUAUCCAUAGAGAUUUAAAAACUUCCAAUAUCUUACUGAAUGAAAGUAUGCAAGCCAAGAUUGCUGAUUUUGGGUUGUCCAGAUCUUUCGCAACUGAAAAUGACUCUCAUGUUACAACUCGUCCUGCCGGCACACCUGGAUACCUCGAUCCUGAGUAUCAAUCUACUGGAAACUUCAACAAGAAAAGUGAUGUUUACAGCUUUGGAAUUAUUCUUUUAGAGCUAAUCACUGGGCAGCCUGUAAUCUCUAGAAGCCAUGAGAGUAGCAAGCAUGUGCUUCAAUGGGUUAAUCCUUUGAUCGAAAGAGGGGAUAUCCAGGGCAUUGUUGAUGGGAGGUUGCAGGGCGAAUUCAACACCAACGUUGCUUGGAAAGCAUUGGAGAUAGCCAUGUCGUGCGUACCACCAGCUGCAAUCCAAAGGCCAGACAUGAGUCAUGUAUUGGCAGAUCUGAAGGAAUGUUUGGCUGUAGAGAUGGCAUCUGGAACAAAAUGGAAAACAGAUAACAGCAUGAAAAGGUCAAAUAAUUCAUUUGAAAUGACCUCUCUGGCACUUGAUACAGAAAUGGUUCCAAGUGCUAGGUAGUUGUUAAGGAAUGACUAUACAUGAUAGUUCAACUAGUUUUAAGUUUAGUAGAUAUCCCAAUAUGUUGUGAAUUGAGGUAGUCCAUGAAAUAUGUACUAAAAAAAAUGUUAUGAAAAGUGGUAUGUGA